UUAAAUUUUAUGACAAAAAACGGCUAGUUUUUAAGGAAAAUGGUUUCAAUUGUAUAGAAAAAUGGUUGGAAUUUGCUUAAAAUCUUGUCAACUAGCCAAAAGGGUCCCACCACCAUUUAUUUCCUUCUCUGUUCUCGCCGGUGAAACAGACGCGUGGAGUUUAGCGAGCCCCUUUGGCGUGCAUAGGGCGUUUGGCGAGGGCUGGCUUGGCGCAUCCACUCCGCCUAGUCUCAGGUUGAGAGAAAUCGCAUGUCGGAUAUCAUGAAUUUUAUGGCAGAGAGGUACUAGAUAACGCAGAGAUGAAUGCAUGGAGACGGUGAACGUCUCAACGAAGCCCAUUUUAAGAAUUUUGUGGCUGGUGCCUCAAAACCCUAAAUCCCUCUCCUCUCUUAUCUCCACGAAAUCAAGUGGAUUUCAAGGUGGCGUGUUGGAAGACGCCUUUCUGCUUUUAUUCUGGCAAAGAUCUUGCUUGCAUCAAGAAGCGACAUUGUUUCAAGGUCAAUGACAAUGGAAAUUCAAGAAGGUGAUCAUGGUGUAGGUAUGUUUCAUCAACAGCCUGAACUUAACUGCUUGUAUACGGUGUCGUUUUCUGCUAAUAUCACCAUAAUUUUGACUAGUUUCAGUUGGCAAACUAAUCAUUCUCACCUCUCUUUUGACUUUUGAUGUGAAAAUAUUAAAACUUUUUGUAUUUUAUUUUUGUCCAUGUGAUCAUCACCAACAAGAUUCAUGUGAUUCUAGUUCAAAAGUCCUUGUCUUAAAUUAAUUCAUACUCAUGUGAUUUUUUUUUUCUUUUUUAUGGUUGUGAUACUUUAAGAAAUCACGAGAAUUAAUAAUAAAAUAUUUUGAUUUAUCCAUACACGUAUGUAUCCUUUAAAAACAUGAGCUCUGUAGCAUUAAGACAUGAAUAAACAAUAUACAGAACACACACAUACACACACACACACAAACACCCAAGAAGGACAUGGAUUCAUCUGCCAAAUCAGUAGACGAAGUGGUGGAAGAGAUAAUGAGAAUUCAUAAAUCUCUUCCUCCAAGACCUGGAAUCGAUGACAUUGAAGCUGCAAUCAUUCUAAUCAGAAACGCAGACAAUGAAGAACAAUCAAGAAUCGAAGCAAUUUCCAGACAAAAGAAAAGAAAAUACAUCCCUGAAGAACUCUUCAACAUCCUGUUGGAGAUGCAGAAACAAUUAGUCCAAUUCCAAACCAAAGAACAAAAGAGAGAAGCUGUUAAAUUACUAGACCUUGAAAACUGCCACCAACUGUUCGAUGAAAUGAUUCAAAGAGCCUCCAAAUGUUGUUCUCCUUCUCCAUCUAAUAACACCCCUUCAAGUACUUCUUCUUCUUCUUCACCUUCAACAAAUCCAGCUUCCAUCUCUACUUCAAGCUUCGAUCACAGCACUCCAUCUUCCACUUCUAGCUUAUCUUUUGAUAAAGAUCAUGUCAAAAGCUCCCAUUUGAUCAUUAAAGAUGAUAGUUAUGUGAAUAAAUCCAAGUUUUAUAACAAUGGAGGGAUUGUAUCAAGUAAAUUUUCCAAACCCCAAAUUUUCGAUUCAACUCUAAAACCUUCCAUUACUUCUGGACAAGAUGGUGAAAAAUUGAGUCUUAUAAUGCUUGCUAGUUUGAUUGAAGUGUCAUCAAAGAAAGGAAUUAAAGAUCUUGAUCUUCAUAACAAACUCAUGGAACAAAUCGAAUGGCUUCCCGAUUCAAUUGGGAAAUUAUCCAGUUUACUCACAUUCAAUCUCUCAGAAAAUCGUCUUCUUUCUCUCCCAUCUUCAAUCGGAUCCCUUUCAUCAUUAACAAAACUCAACUUACAUUCAAACAAAAUCAUCGAACUCCCAGAAUCCAUAGGGAAUCUCAUCAACUUAAUUUUUCUAGAUCUUCAUGGAAACAACUUAACAUCUCUCCCUCCAACUUUUGGUAGAUUGAUCCAUCUUCAAGAACUCGAUUUAAGUUCAAACAAUUUCUCAUUUCUUCCUAAUCAAAUCGGUUCUCUUUCAAGUUUACAAACAUUAAACAUCGAAACAAACGAAAUCGAAGAAAUCCCACAUGCAAUUGGUCAAUGUUCAUCUCUCAAACAACUUCUUGCGGAUUACAACAAGAUUAAAGCUUUACCAGAAGCAGUAGGAAGAAUCGAGUCAUUGGAAAAACUAUCGGUUCGAUAUAAUAACAUUAGUAGGUUGCCAACAACAAUGUCAUCGUUGAAAAGUAUAAAACAACUUGAUGUAAGUUUCAAUGAACUUGAUUCGGUUCCUGAAAGCUUAUGUUUUGCUACAACUCUUUUGAAGAUCAACAUUAGCAACAACUUUGCUGAUUUGACAUCACUUCCAAGAUCAAUUGGAAACCUUGAGAAUCUUGAAGAGUUGGAUAUGAGUAAUAAUCAAAUACGAGUAAUUCCAGAUUCGUUUAGGAUGUUAUUGAAGUUACGGGUGUUGAAUGUUGAAGGAAAUCCAUUGGAAUUACCACCACGAAACGUACUUGACAAAGGCGCUCAGGCGGUGGUUCGGUAUAUGAGUGAAGUCUAUGAAAAGAAGGAUUUAAAGGUGCAACCUGUUAAACACAAGAAGUCUUGGACACGGUUUUUCUUGUUUUCGAGUUCUAACAAAAGAAAGCACGACUAUGUGGCUUCAUAGUCCUUAGUUUAUUUAGUGUAAGUUCCAAUUAAUGUAUGUAAAUAGGUUCAUAUUGUAAAAAGGUUCAUAUUUUUUUAAUAUGUAUUUUAAAUACAUAUUAAAAAAUGUUAAUAUCUAAUUUAUCAUCAUGUUGAGGUUUUUGACCAACUUGUAUGUAUGUAUUUUCGAACUUUUGUGUCACUGAAUGUUUAUAACAUUGGUAGAAAGCUUGAAGACU